CUUUCUUGCUACCACCGCCUAUUCGUAAAAAAGAGAGAGAGAAAGACGCAAUCUUUUCUCUGUAUCUUACAAGUUUCCUUCUCUCCUCUUCUCCACUUUCUAACUAAAAUCUGUAUCAUUCAAUCGCAAAGAUUGGAUCUUUCUUUCAAUGAAAUAAAUAAAGAUUCUGAUAUCAUAAAAACCGAACCUUUAAUUCAUCUUGGUUUCGUAAUCUCUUCUUUUAUGGUUUUGAUUCCUUCGAAUCGAUCACACUUUCUAUUCCCGAGUCUGAUCCUAUCGCUUCUCAUCAUUCUAACAAUCGAGAAACCCGACCCGGAAGCCAUGAGAGUCCACCCAAUCCCCAGAAACCUUAACAAAAACAACACCUUGAUCCACCACCAUCGUCGUAACCCGACCCGAGAACCCGGAAAGAAUCUGCGUCGUUUACCGCACAUCUUCAACCGCGUUCUUGAGCUUCCGUUAAGGUCCGAAGCAAAUGUUUCCGUGGAGGAGAAACACGAUUGUUUCAGAUUCGUGGCGGAGACAGAGGGUCUCUGCGACGGCGGAGAGAUGAGGGCUUACGUGGUGGAUAUUCAUCCCGGUAUAACCAAGAUCGUUGUGAGGACAAAUGGGUUGUCUUUGGGGUUGUCGUUGGACGAGUUGGAGCUCGACAUGUGGCGUUUUAGGCUUCCGGAGACGACAAGGCCUGAACUUGUUACGGUGGUUUGUGUUGGUGGGGUUUUGAUUGUUACGGUGCCGAAGAUGGUUCCAGAGGAGGAAGAUGGUGGUUUUGGACAAGGUAUGGGAAGUGGGAGGCUUGUUCUUGUUCAGUAAUGCUUUGGAAAAAAAAUACAGUUUGGUUGUGUAAUGAUAUGAUGUCUUUAAAAAGAUUUGCUUUUGAAUGUUUGUUAGCUCUGUGAUUUUCAAGAAACGUGAGAGAAGAAGAACAAAACAUCUAAUCUUCCUCGUUUCUUUCAUAUAUUGUUGUUAGCCUUACUUUUUGUUGGCAGUUUAGCUGAAAAUAAAAAGACAGGUUGAGACUUUGGUUGA